CGUAAGGUUGAAAUGGCAGGUCGAAUGUUCUGUACUUAUAAACUAGCAACAAAUUACAUAAAAAAUAUCAAUAUUAAAAAUAAUGCUCUCAGGUUAUUGACACCACAGAUAUUGUUAUCGCAAAACGUAAGAAAUUCGACUUUUUUUACAAAAAAAACUGGUGAACAAUUAUGGAAGUCUGUUAACAGUAUCAGUAAUGCUGGUAGAAGAAGGGGAAGAGGAAAAGGAAAACAAAGUAUGCCACCAAAAGAUGUAAACGCGAGUCAGCAACAGGUAUAUGGAAAAGUACCAGUUAUAUUCCCAGGAUUGAACUCUCCUAUAUUGCGAGGAAAAACUUUGAUUGAACAAAGAGUUCUUACAAGCGAAGAAGGGACUGGAAUACAGCCAUCUAUAAUGUCAAACAUAAAACGAAAGCGAGUAAAAACUCAUCCUUUAGAUCGUGGUUGGUCUGGAGGACACCCACAUGGGAGGAAAUGUGGAGCACCCGCACCUAUUAAUUGUGAUGAAUUUAAUGGAUUUGAGAGUUGGAUAAUACAGAAUAAAUAUGUAACUAUUAUGUCAAGCACUCUGGGUCGUGUAAAACGUCAUCGUACUUUCGUAAUAACUGGAAAUAGAAAUGGCUUAGCUGGAUUUGCUUCGGUAACAAAACAUGAUUUAAAAGGAAGUAUAUCUGCAGCAAAAAACAAAGCAGGACAACGAUUAAUAUACAUUGAAAGAUAUAAUGAUCACACUGUGCUCCAUGACUUUUUUGCACAUUUUGGCAAAACAAAAAUUUUUGUAACUCAAAAACCUAAGGGUUAUGGACUCAAAUGUCAUCGUGCUAUUAGAACAUGUUGUGAAGCAAUUGGCAUUACUGAUUUGCAUGCCAAAAUUGAAGGAUCUAAAAAUGUUAUUUAUAUUGUAAAGGCUUUCUUUAUUGGUUUGUUACAACAGAAAACAUAUCAAGAAAUGGCAAAUGAAAAGGGGUUACAUUUAGUCGAAAUGAGAAAGGAAAAUAAUUAUUUCCCUAAAGUAUUAGCUUCACCAGCAAGAGUUCGAGACUCUACAGAAAUUUCAUCCAGUGAAAUUUUAGAUUUUAAGCAAUAUGUAAUGAAUGGAAGAGUUCCAUUGAAAAGAAAACCGAAUACACCAUUCUAUGCAAAACUACCAACAUGGCUAGUGCAUUUGCGAAAACAAGAACGUCUUAGGAAUCACGAUAACGUUGUAAUCAAAUUAAGAUCUGAAUAUGAUGAUGUUUGUAGUUUUCUUGCUGAGAAAUAUCCAGAAGCAAAAGCUUCAAAGUGGAGGAAACGGGAUAAUAAAGAGAAAGAAAGUACUUAA